AUGCUCACACGGGAUGACAACUUCACGUCGGACGACGCAACCUGGAUGCUGACGGCUUCCUUUGUUAUAUUCACCAUGCAAACAGGCUUUGGGCUUCUGGAGGCUGGAACAGUGACCAAGAAAAACGAAGUCCACAUCCUGAUAAAGAACGCCGUAAAUGUCAUCCUGGUAUCCCUCAGCUACUGGUCGUUGGGAUAUGGCUUCCAAAAUGGAAAGGAUCGUGGCACAAGUCCUUUCUGCGGCAUUGGUUCCUUCCUAAUGAGCACGCCCGAAGACAGCAUGGGCCGUAGCUACGCCACUUUCACGUUCCAGCUGUCCUUCGCAACUGCUGCUACGGCCAUAGUUUCCGGAUCAAUGGCGGAAAGGACAAACCUAUACACCUACGGCAUAUUCUCCACCGUUGAUACACUAGUCUAUUCCAUAGCUGCAGGUUGGGUGUGGGGAGAUCACGGCUUUCUGAAGAAGGCCGGAGUUGUGGACUUCGCUGGUUGUGGUUGUAUUCAUCUACUUGGAGGCGUGUCUAGCCUUGUCAUCAGCAGGGUGAUCGGACCACGGCUGAGAAGGUCAACAGCAAGAGCAGGGAGGGUACGAAUGGGAAAUCCUACUAUCGCAAUCGUAGGUGCUUUUACCUUAUGGUGGGGAUGGCUUGUCUUCAACUGUGGCAGCGUCUUCGGCAUGUCAAAUAAACGCUGGAUGUACGCGGCUAGGGCUGCAGUGACUGCACUGAAUGCUUCUAUCGCUGGGGGAGUUGUUGGUGUAUUUUUCUCUUACAUUGCGUACAAGAAAUUCUACGUGGAAGAACUUAUUGGCUCCAUACUUGGGGCACUGGUCAGCGUUACAGGUUCAGCCUUCUAUCGCGUCUGGGAAGCAGUCGUCAUUGGUGCCCUAGGUGCUGUCCUGGUAUGCAGCGUAAUUGCGCUGAUGAACAAGCUCAACGUGGACGAUCCGCUGAACUCCGUGGCCAUCCACGGCUGCGGCGGCCUCUGGGGCAUGAUAGCCGUCGGACUCUUCGUGGAAGCGGAUAAGCUGCUUAAACUGACGAACGGCCGGAUGGGGCUCUUUCGGGGCGGCGGGUUUAACCUGCUUUGUAUUCAGCUCCUAGCUUGCGUCUGCAUUACUGCUUGGGCUGUCGUUAUGACGGCACUCAUACUGAAGGGCAUCAACUUGGUGACACCAGUACGAAUAGCUCCCGAGGCUGAACUUCUCGGGGCCGACUUCAUGGAAUAUCAAAUUCGUUACGAUGGUUACGACUACGACACAGUGAUGGCCGACCUCAACUUGGACAGCAUCCGAGCUAACAGACGCCAUAGUGCCGCCUACGAACAAAGGGAUAAUGAUUCCACGGUCACGGAAGAACUGCCACUUCAGUCUUCUCCAGAACAGAACGAUCUUGAUUUUGACGCUGAGAUCGGUAUCCGGACUUUCGACACGUGCUCUAUCUUGUAA